CUCAACCUGCCUGGAUCCAUCAUCUUUCUAAGCUAAUCUUCUUUCACUAAAAAAACAGGGAAUUAUAUCGUAUUCUUACAGUUAGCGGGGGGCGACCUGAGAUUGAAUUUCAUAGAACACAGGCUAAGCUAGGAUGGGUGGUAAAAUGAUUUUGAUGAUAUUAGCCGUUGCAGCCGCUGCUAUCGGCUUUCGGGGCUCAGAUGCAGCAACGUACAGCGUCGGGAACGGCGCGUGGUCUAUACCGACCAGUAACAGCGCUUACUCUGAUUGGGCCAAAAACAUCAAGUUCGCUGUUGGAGAUGUCUUGACCUUCAAUUUCACGACCGGAGCACACACGGUGGCCGAAGUGAACAAGAAGGAUUAUGAUUCCUGCAAUGUCGGUUCUCCAAUUUUGAUCGAUAAUAACGGUCCGGCAAAUAUAACGCUCAAGUCUACCGGCCCGCACUACUUCGUAUGCACCAUCCAUUGCGCCCAGGGUCAAAAGCUAACGGUCAACGUUACUUCCGCCGGUAGCACCUCGUCGCCGCCGUCGCCGCCGAAAAGCAGCCCCGCCCCGGGCUCUACUCCUUCAUCUCCGCCACCACCAACCGGAAGCAGCCCUUCCCCGGGUUCUAGUACUUCAACCCCGCCACCGCCGCCGCCCUCUGGCGCCACUAGUGUGUCGAUAUUUUCGGGCCUAAUGUUUUUACCAAUUUUCUUGGCAGCUUUGUUGUAAAAUUAAAUAUGUUACAGAGAAUAUUUUUAGCUUGGCAUAUGUUUUUCCCUGUCUAAUAAUUACCUGAUAUUUAUUUACUUAAAAGUCGGGUAUUUUGUUUGUUAAUAAAGGAGUUCGAUUUGUAUUAGCAUUCAGGUUUGUAUUCAUUGAUUGAAUAAAUUGAAGGUUUGCGUUAUUUCAAUGUUCGUUUCAGUUUUGUUUCAUCUCUUUCUUUUUUGUGAGCAGAUAAAAAAUAUGGUCACUGGCUCUAAGGGGCAAUAAUGUAAUGC